UUUCAGAUCAAGAUGUCUGGGCGUGGAAAAGGUGGAAAGGGUUUGGGAAAGGGUGGAGCAAAGCGACAUCGUAAGGUGCUUCGUGACAACAUCCAGGGAAUAACAAAGCCAGCGAUUCGUCGUCUUGCUCGUAGAGGAGGAGUGAAGCGUAUCAGUGGUUUGAUUUAUGAGGAGACACGUGGCGUGUUGAAGAUAUUUUUGGAGAAUGUGAUUAGAGAUGCUGUGACUUACACUGAGCACGCUAGAAGGAAGACGGUUACUGCUAUGGAUGUGGUUUAUGCCCUCAAGAGACAGGGAAGAACCCUUUACGGAUUUGGGGGUUAGGGUUUCUCUUGGAUUUUAUUUUGGUUGUAAUUGAUGUUUAAUUUUGGUACGAAAUUGUUGCUGUACGGAUAAUUAGGUAGAUUUUUAGGAAUCGAUCUUAUAAUAUUUUUGCAGCAAUUCUGUAAUCCAAUUCACUAUUAUGAAUUAUAAAGUUACAACCAUCCUAUUUU